UUACUGGACACCAAACCAACCACCUUGUUCUUAUUCUCAUUAUUCUGCUCUACUUUCCGGCGACCCGUGACGGAGAGCGGCGGAGCAUCCACCAAACAGAAAAAGGCAUUACAAGGUCCAAGUCCGUUGCCAAUAAUGUCUGCAGCUAAUACUGGUACUCGAAAGACUGAAAGAGAUGAAGCGUAUCAAGUGGCUGAACCAGCUGUUGAUGAUACCAAGAAAUAUGAGGCUGAUCUACAGAAAUUAGGUCUUGGAGUCAAACACCGUGAAGACAGAAUUAGGGAUUUGAGCACUCAGAAAAUCAGCUUAGAUGGUUCUAUUCUAGAUCUGCAAGGGAGAAUUGGAAAGUAUCAUGAAUCCAUCAGUAAACCUGUCAACAAAGAAGUGGAUGCUCAAAGUGAGGAUGAGACAUAUGAAAAUAUUUUGGAGUUGGAGAAAUCUGCUGCUGGACUUGUACACCAGCUAAGAACUCGACAGGGAACUCAGGUUUCUCAUAGUCCAUUAGUGAAGGAUGUACUUGGUUUUGUUGCUACACUUGGCAAAGCCGAUGAUGAAAACCUUAGCUGGCUGCUUGCGGAGUACUUGGGGAGAGAAACAAUGAUAGCAAUUGUUUGCAGAAACUCUGAUGGAGUUCAAGCUCUGAAGACUUUUGGCAUAGAAGGUGCUAUAGAUAGGAAUCAUGUUCAACAAGGGCUCGGCUCUUCUGCUGGUAGUACAAUAGAUGGUCGAUUUCAAGUUAUAUGUCUCGCUGAUAUAAGACCGUAUGAUGGCGAGUUCAUAUAUAAUGAUCCACAAAGGAGGCUCGAUAUUCUGAAGCCAAAAUGGCCUGGUGGAAUACUUCCUCGUGGCUUUCUAGGAUAUGCUGUGAACAUGAUCCAUAUUGAUAAUGCAAACGUAUGGAUGGCCACUCCCCACUAUGGGCUUAGGGAGACUCUUUUCUACCAUCUCUUUUCGCACCUUCAAGUUUAUGAAACGAAGGAAGACAUGUUGAAGGCCCGCCCCUUCAUAUCUGAUGGAGCAGUAUCCUUGGAUGGUGGAAUAAUGCGACGUCCUGGUGAUUUUUACAUGGCAAAUAGGGAACAAGCAAAAGUUAAGUUCCCAAUGAUCUUUGGAAAAUUGACUCUACUUGGAGACUACUACGAAAUUAAAAACGAACUACAAAUCAAAAGGUGGAAUCUGCAAAUAUUGCUAGAAGAUAUUCGUAGAGAACAAUCAAUGCUGGACCAGGCUAGGCUCAAUUUUGAAGUCAAGAGACAAGAGUUUGUUCAAUUCUUGGCACAAAGUUCACAUCGAGCUCGGCAGAAGCAGGAGCACUAGUAGAAUCCAACUGGGCUGAGAGAUUUUGAACCUGGAACUCCUCCGGUCAUUAUUUAGUAUUUCCAUUAAUUGUGAUAUUCUUGCUAUAGAUAAAACUUAAAAUCUAAAAUGGUUGUCAUUGAGGGCGAGUUCUGAGUUUAUUUGUACUACAAAUGAUGUUGUCUCUUGAUGUUGUCUUUUAUUCCGUUUUUAUUUUUAUUAUUCAAGAAGUUGUUUCAGUUCUGGGUUAUAUUUUGAAUGUCACCGUUUGGCUAAUCUUAUAUUUUAGACUUAUUUAUGGAGAAAAACAUAUAAAAUAUUUU